AUUUAUCUUCAAUUUUUCCAAUUUCAAACCCUAGAAUUUGAAAAAUCUCCCAGAAUCUUCACUUCCAGUUCCCAUGGCGUCCAAAGACCUGGAAGAUCCGAGCAGCAAUAUCGCCGGGACGGACGAGGAGACCGUUGCUCUCCGACGUAAACGGCUCCGGAGAGUGAGCUUCGCCGACCGGGAAAUCACCUCCGUCCACAUUUUCAACCGGGACGAAGACUACGAGACGCCUCCAAAUUCCUCCGCCUCAAAGCAGCGCAACGGUGAGCAAGUCGGAGAAGAAGAGUCCGAGGACAAAGUGAUUAGGUUCUUCGGGGAGUUAGCUGAUGGAGAUGAUUCCAGGGAGUUGCUGUGUUCUCCGGACGGGGAAGGAGACGCUGAUGCUGAUGCUGAUGACGAGGUUGUUGUCGGGAAGCUGUUCUUAAGGCCGAAAGGUUCGCCAUCUUCUGGAGGUAGCACUGUUGGUUCUGCCACGACCGAUGACGAAAAUUUCUUCGGUCCCGUGUCUGCCCAUUUUAUCAGACCAGGAAGAUUGUCUGGCUCUGCUGCCUCCGAAGAAAACCAUGAGCUUACAAUGGAUUCAACAGCAUUUUCUAUGCAUUUCCGAAGUCUUGUUAUGUCAGAGCCAGGAGACACAAAGACCCCUACAAGCAGCCAUGUGGCUGUGGAAGAAAAAACACCUAUUCAAGUUACCCCUAGGUCUGACACAGGCAGUGUUAUGGUGUUAACUAAAGCUAAGAAGCUAUUCCCUAAAUCUCCUUUACCCGUUGACAAAGUCAGUGGGGGGAGAGAUUCGAAUGACAUGAGUCUUGUGGGUGACAACUCUCAUAAGUAUGAUUAUGCGCGUCUAUCUCCUACUCUAGAAGCCAUGUUGGCAGCUGAAAGUAAGGCUUCACACCCUGUGUCCACGGUUGAUGAUGUUAAGCCAAGAUCACCUGGAUAUGAUUUUUCCUCUUCCCCUAGAAAUAGACCCAGCCCCACAAGUCAAAGAUAUAAAGAGAUGCAUGGCACAACUGGGAUUGACGCUUGUCAGAUACAGACGCCUGAUAGUGCAGUUGGAGAACCGUUUUUGCAGAAGGAGUCUGGUAGCCAACUUCAUAGGGAAGGGGUUUCGCUAUCCUCCUCAACUAGUAGGAGGCUGGAUUUGUCUUUAGUCACCGCCGAUGAGCCCAAGUCCUUAUCUUGCGUGACACCUUCCCCGAAGCAGCAUGGGAGCUUUCUGAGGAGAAAUACUUUAGCACUAGUUGAGAGCCUAUCAUCCAUCCAGAAAAGCAAAUCCGGAUUUCGUUUGAUCAAUGCAACCUCUCCUGCCUCAGCCCUUUUGGAUAGAAUUGAAAAAUCAAAGCUUGUAUUAUCAGGAUACCGUUCUGUACCUACCCAUUCCAGUAUGGGCAGUCAAGGAGUAAGUAAAGACCUCCAGGAAAAGCAUGUAGGUGUCCCUGUUACUAACUUGGAGGAUGAGUUAUCUAAAUAUGAUAACAAAACACCGACUCAUGAAAGCAAUGGCACAACAAAUAAGAAUAAUGGUGACAUAUCGAGCCCUGCCAUUGACAUCGAUGUCUAUCCAACAAGCGUUCAAUCUCUUCAGGAUGUGUUUUCACGCAUUACACAGGGGGAAACUACAAAGUCUCUGGAAGAGGAUUCAUUCUUAAAACAGCAGGAACACAACCAUUUAGUUGCAGAGAAUCCUACUGAGGAAACAGCCGCAGAAAGAGGAUUGACAGAAUCUGUUUCCUUAUCAAGGGAGAUUACAUUUGAUUUUAGAAACAAUCCAAAAGCGAGCACCCCUACAAAGUGUGUGUCACCUCCAGAAAAUGAAUCAAAUGUGAAAGUGCCAUCAUCAGCCAAUAAUGUUGAUCUUGAUUUUCAAGGUCAGGGCAGUGGAUCGAUCAGCAAAAGUCGAAGAGAGAAUGACAAUUUAAAUGAGGAAUGUAUGUCUGCCGAUUCUAUGAUUGUUGCAUCUGACAAAGUGCAUUCCCUGAUUGCUGAGGCUGGGUCAUUACUGACAGAGACUGGCUUCUUGGAUGGAAUUGCUCAACUAAAAGGGGAAAAAAGUGUGCUGAAUGAGAUCCAGAACACAAUUAAAACCACUAGUAUCACACAGUCUCCUUUGAAGGUUAAGAAUUACAUGAAAGUUCAUCCUGGAAGUCCCAAUAAGCACCUUCAUAUUGCAACACAAGUAAUCUGCUCAAAUGAAGAGUUUCCUGUAGGGGUCACAGAAUCUAAUUCUGGUAAAUGUGGUUCCCCACUUGUUGACAGAAAUAUAUAUGAGUUGUCACUUGCCAAGCUCAACCAGAGCACACCUUCAAAAGAAGCCAGUAAGAGUCCUUCCAGCUUGAAAAAACGGGCUGAGAUUCCAUCCAAGGAACAGUUGCACAAUGCACACCACACAAAAGAUACACGACUCGCUGGAGAAGAUUUGCCAUCUUUGACCUUCAGUUUGAAUGGAUCUAUUGAGCAUAUGCAAAACCAAGGAUCCAUUCUUGCGUUAAGCCAGAUAUCUCAACCCAACACUGUGGGCAUUACCCAAUUGAAAAGGAAAGCUGAAGAUGAUGAUGAUGCUGUUACAAAUAGUAGUGCCCAAAGGAGUCUGAAGGUCCAGAGAAGUACACAACAUAUCCUUCAUCCAGCAUCAGACAACCCUUAUGAGACCACUGGUGCUAUCUGCCCUGUAGAUCGUGAAAAGAUAGUGAACUGGAAUGAAAUUCCAGGGAAAGUAUCAUUAGAAAUCAAUCAAUUGUUUGCUCCAUUGACUGACAAGCUGAACCCAAGACUGAUAUGCAAGCUGGAAGAUAACUUGGCACACUUGAAGAAGGUUCAUCUAUGUGGGAUGCUUUGUUUUCAAAUCAAGUCUCAGAAUGUAUACGACGAGUCAAGUGUUGCUAGGACUAUCAGACGUGCUGAGAAUAGAUCAUUGCUCUGUAAAAUAGCAUAUGAAAAAGCCAAACUUCAGCUGCUGCACCUAAAGCAAGAGACCCAGCAGAAAAAGGCUCGAGUAGUGACCUCUGGAAUCCAGGAAUUGGAAAUUUUAAAAUUGGAAUGUUCGAAGCUUAUGCAUCGAUAUGGUGAAGGAUAUGGUCAAGUGACCAGUGGUUGUUAUUCUAUUGGCUCAGUGAAUCCUGAAACAGCAUGUGAGGUUACUAACAGCAAAGGAACUAAGAUAACGCAUGAGAUCAAAGUUUUGGAUUCAAAAAUAAAGAACUUAGUGAAAUCAUUCCAUAUGUGCCACAAGAUGACAGGAGAACAGAGAUUUGUGGAUAUUACUGCGAUGAUUGAGGAUAUAUUGAAAAAGAAAAUGCAUAAGAGGCUUAUACUUCAGGAUAUCCAGUACUGGAAAGUUGACAGCUUGAAUAAUAGGAAAGAUAAUCACAGCAUUGUCCUAAAUUACAGUGGCUUCAUCAACCAAAGGCUCACAUUGAAGCCUGGUUCUGUUCCAUGUGUAUUAAUGUCAAACAGCUUGAAUGAUGCAGUCAUCAGGAUGUAUUUCCCAAACAUGAAUGCUUUGGUUGCAUCCGAGUCCUUGUUUUCCGCUGAAUACACCAAAAAAUAUUUUGCUUCCAAGACCCUGGCGGAGGAAACACAGAAAACAAGUUUAGCUCUGCAUAAUUUGCUAGAUGUAGCUGAGGAACUUCAGUUAGCUCGAAUGGAGUUACGAAAUUUGGUCCAAGGAAACUUUGAUUCCCCGUCAGCGGAACAGCUUCAUUUGCAAAUUACCUUUGCAGAUUACGGAAACUGCAGGAAAGUGAUUAUGUUUCUUGAUAUGGCAUGUCUCACCCUCGGGCACUAUCCCGGUGAUAUCGUUCCUUGCAAGUUACUGGAAGCUUCUCCCACCGGGGCUGAAAGUUCACUGUCUGAUCCGAUUCUCACUGAGAUAAAAUCCGGAAUCAAUGACCUUGGAGUUGGGUACCCUCGGGUGCUAAGGCUGUGUCGGUGUGUUUCCCGGGUGCUGCAAUGCUAAAUCAGGUGAAAGCUGUAUCAUGUAAAGAUGUUUUCGUCUGAUUUGAUUCAGGCUGUAAUGAAUUCGUGUUGGUGGUAAUCUGUGAAGAAGCCGCCUCCAUCUGUGGUCAGACUAAAUUUAACAUAGCACCAUCUUCGCCUUUGUC